CACGGAUGCGAAUUUAGUUUCCUAUUAUACUGUAUGGGUCUUCCUUACAGUUCUCUAUAUAAAAAAGGGUAGGUUUGUUAAGUUUAAUGAGCUAGCACUUGAGAUUGGUUUGGUUUGUAUGACCUCAUUGCUUACUCCUUUCAUGCUCCUCUGCUCUACUCAUUCUCAACCCUAACCGGCGACUGUAGUGGAUCCAUGAGCUCGUCGACAAUGAAAGAAGGAAAAAGACAACAGUAGUGGCGCCAUCAGUAACACCUCACCUGGGCGGUUUCAUAACAACGUGUGGGGAUGCUCUCAGCGGGUGCCACAACACGGGGAGCAUCUAGUUGGACAAUCCCACCCGGUAGCAAGUGUCCCAGCUCUCGCCGAAGUGGUCCCACAUCGUCCAUCGCCGGAGUUGAUGGGAAAGAAGAGAAGUGCCGAAAUUUUACAUGUAUCUAGACGUAUUUUAGUAUUUUAGAUACGUUCAUUUUUAUAGUAUUUUAGAUACGUUCAUUUUUAUAUAAAUUUGAGUCAGUUAAUAUGACGGAGAGUAAUAUUUGUAUAAUUGAUGGUUUGUAUAAUUGAUGGUCAAACUUUUGCAUAAAAUUCCAUUAGCUUGCAAACCCAAAUGGAGUAGGUAUCAAUUUUCAUAAGUGACAUGGGCUUUCCUGUCAUUUUAUUCCAUGGAAUCCGACGGGUCAAAUGCCAAGUCCAUGCCGGCGCCGCCAUGACCCAUGACCACCACCGCCGCCGCCGCCGCCUUGCGUGACGCUUGGGCUAUCCUCAGCGCUCUCUCCCCGGCCUCCGUCGGCCAACUCCAUGCGCACGCCCUGAAGCUCGGAUUCCUGCCCGCCUGUCUCCACCUCUGCUCGUCCUUCCUGAAGUCCUACGCCGCCACUGGCCGCCUUGCCUCGGCGCGCCAGCUGUUCGACGAAACACCUCGCAAGGACAUUCCUCUAUGGAACAGCCUCAUCUCCCUCUGCGCGCGCUCCCGUCAACCGCAACACGCCCUACUCGCUGUGUCCGCCAUGGUGCGCCUGGGUUCCAGGCCUAACAACGUCUCAGUCACGAGCCUCCUGCCUGCGUGCGCGCAACUGGGGUGUCGAAUACACGGGAGAGAGCUCCAUGCAUACGCUGUCAGGAAUCUCCCUGUCCUUGAUUUGCCCGUGCUCAAUGCACUAGUAAGCAUGUACGGGAGAUGUGGGAGGCUGGCUGAAGCGAGCACGGUGUUCGCCACCAUGGGAAAUAUGAAGAGUGUGGUUUCUUGGACCUCCAUGAUCACUGCUUGCUGUGAGAAUGGACGCCCGGAAGAAGCAUUGGAAUUAUUUGACGAGGCAAGGCUUGCCAGUGUCAUGGUCGAUGAGGUCACCCUGCUCGCAGUCAUCUCAGCGUGCACAAAACUGGACUGUAUGCCAGAUUUGGGGGAGUGGGUGGAGGAAUACUCACUUCACAAUGGCUUCUUGGAGAAUACCCGUGUCGCCAAUGCGCUCAUCCAUAUGCAUGGUAAGACUGGGAGGCUGAAGAGGUCAUGUGAGAUAUUUGACUCAAUGAGGGUGAGGACUGCUGUCUCAUGGACAGCCAUGAUACAGGCGCUUGCCGUGCAUGGGCAUGGGAUCGCAGCCCUUGUCCGGUUUUCGCAGAUGCUCAGACAAGGGUUCCAGCCUGAUGAGGUUGUCUUCUUGAGCGUUAUCAGUGCUUGCGCACACUCCAAGCUAGUGAGCGAAGGGCGCCAAUUGUUCAAGUCCAUGGUCCAAGAGUAUCGCAUCACACCAUGGAUGGAGCACUAUGGAAGCAUGGUAGACCUGUUGUGCAGAUCUGGCAUGUUAGAUGAGGCGUUUGAGUUCGUCCUGGCUAUGCCUGUGAAGCCUGAUCCUGUAAUAUGGCGUGUAUUGACCGGAGCAUGGCGUGAUCAUGGAAAUGCUAGUUUAGGAAUGAAGGUGAUUGGUCAUCUGAUCGACGUGGAGCCAAACCAUGGGGGGAAUUAUUUGCUAGCAUCAAACUUGUAUGCUGCUAAUGAGAAUUGGGGACGUGUUGUGGACCUAAGGGUGGAAAUGGGAGUGAGAAAAGAGACUUCAAGACGCACUACUGCUGUUUCUUUCGUUGAAGUCAAACGUGAAGAAAAUGCAGAAAGCUUGUGUUCUGAUACACGGCAUUGGUAAUGUUUCCAUGCUUUAAGUAUAAUUUUUAAUUUUAUUUGCUGUGGCCACUGGUAACUUUGCAACACCUUCUUCUUUCUAAUACAAAAAAAACAGAGUACUUGUUAGUCAGAAAAAUGAUUCUUGCUAUUACUAGCUAGCAUGUGCAACUGUUUAUUUUUUGCACUAAUUCAGACGAAACUGAAGAAACAUUUCUGCUCCACGUCCUGUUCUCUUGCAAAAGGAUGAAAAGAGAGGUCAUGAUGUGUUUUGCGGGUAUAAUUGGAUUCUAAUGUUCUUUUAAUAUGUGAAAUUGACACUAUCGCCACUAUAUCUAAGCUACAUUUUUUCAUCA